GUCAAGUCCGAGGUUACACAUCAAAGUCAAGGAUCCAUGUGCCGAAACACGACUCCAGAAACUCAACUAAGCAGUUACUGGAGCUGCAGCGAAUUCAAUAUGUUCUAUUAAUGAUGAAAUGAUACAUUGCACACUGCUGCUCUUUCUUAAUGUACAGAAUGACAUUUAUAAUUAUCCAGGUACAGGAUCAGAGGUGAGAUGGCAAAAACUUGAGGACAAAAUAGGUAACAGGUGAAAUGACAA